AUGUCGAAUACAUUCAAUCGUAAAAAUAUGCUGGGAAGUCUUGCCAAGGCUGGUGUGGGAACAGCUUCGGUACUAGAGCCGGCCAAGCCACUUGAAUCACGCCCAGGACCAAGGGUACGAGUGGCUUUGGACGACUACCUUCUCAGUCAGAUAGCACAGAGGAUAGGGCCUCUCGCAACUUAUGCUUAUUCUCUAACCAGGCACAUGCUCCAAGAUUUGGAAUAUAGCACGUUCGAACAACAUACUGGCAAUGCCAAUAUUGGCUUUGUAUAUUCCGGGACCGGCUCUAGUGCCAUAUAUCGUGUGGGGAGAAUCGAGAGCAUCUUCGAAGUUCAUCAGGGCCGAGAGAGACCUCCACGGACUGUCUAUGUA